ACUGCUGGAUCUAUAGUUUGUAGGCCUUUGGUAUUUCUGUUCUUUGACAACGUUCAUAUUGAAUAUAUGCUGUUGCUUGAGUUAUUCCGGCCUUUUAUGUGCAUGCUCUGAAGUACCUGCUACUGUUCUAUGGAGUAUAUAGCCAUCCUAAUUUCGUGUUCGCUGUUAUGUUGUCCUUUGUGCUGCAGUCACGUUCAUUAUUUGUGAAGAACCUCAACUUUAAAACAUCUGAUGAGGCACUGCGAAAGUAUUUUAGUGAACAAAUCAAAGAGGGAAAAGUCCUUAGUGUCCGGGUGAAGAAGCACUUGAAAAAUGGAAAGAAUGUCUCAAUGGGUUUUGGUUUCUUAGAGCUUGAUUCUGUUGAAACGGCAGCAAAUGUUUGCAGGGAUUUACAGGGAACUGUUUUGGAUGGGCAUGCUCUCAUUUUGCAACUUUGUCAUGCUAAGAAGGAUGACCAAGUACGGAAAAAUGUUGACAAGGAUCG